GACACAACCAGUCCUCAUUUCAGCCCAGGCACUGGGAUAUCUCUGCAGCUCUGAUGUGAAAUAGCAAUGCAUUUAAAGGAAGGGGGCCAUAUAAUACUAGGAGAUGACAUAAUAUGUUCCCUUUAACUUCAGGGCUGUUGCUAAUAUCACAGCAACUGAAGCAACCGAGAGGCGGGAUUUAGUUUUCCUUCCAGCUGCUUAUUCCAGUCCCUGAGACGUUUCCAAACACAUUGGGGUGAAACAGGGGAAACUAAUCUAAAACAGAUGCCAGAGCUGUGCAAGCCAGUUAACCUCCCCAUCUGUAUGCAGAAUGGGCACUUUCUGAAGAGAUCAGACAAACCAAGGCAAAAGAGAGGCGGCAACUACUUGACUGCUUCUUUUCUGACAUUGCAUAAGGCACACCCCUAGAAUCAGAGCCCUGGGAAGUUCUGCCUCCUGCUCAGUGUGAUCUAGCCUGUGGCUGCUGGAGUCCUGCGGAGGGACUGCUCUUCCAAAAUCUCCUCAUGUAGGGAGUCAUUCAUGUAGUAGGGAAAGGAUAUGUGGCACCCCACUCUGUCAGAAUGGCAAACGUCAAGGUGGCUCUGCGAGUCCGACCUCCCAGCAAAAGAGAGACUGCAGAAGGAUCAAGGAUAAUUUUAAAUGUUGAUGAAAAAGUAGCAAGGAUUAAAAACAUACGGCUGGACCAUAAACCAGAUGGCUGUGAGGACACUAGGGAACGCCUCAUUGAGUUUGGCUUUGACUCCUGCUAUUGGUCUGUUGAUCCUGAGGAUCCCAAAUAUGCAUCUCAGGAAAUGGUUUUUCAAGAUUUGGGUACACUGGUUCUUUCAGAAGCCAUCAGUGGUUAUAAUGUUUGCCUCUUUGCAUAUGGACAGACGGGAUCAGGGAAAACAUAUACCAUGAUGGGGACACCAGCUUCUAUUGGACUGACACCCCGAAUUUGCGAGGGUCUCUUUUCUUAUGACGAAGGUUCUCCUGAAACUCCAAACUCCUUCAGGGUUGAAGUCAGUUUUCUGGAAAUCUACAAUGAACGUGUCAGAGAUUUAUUGCACAAGUCUGAGGAGAAAAAACCUUAUACUCUCCGUGUUCGGGAACAUCCAGAGAGAGGCCCAUACGUUCAAGGUUUGUCCCAGCAUGUCGUCACGAGUUAUGAACAAGUGGUCGCUCUGCUAGAGGAAGGCAUGGAAAACCGCAUCACAGCAGCAACACACAUCCAUGAUGCCAGCAGCCGGUCCCACGCCAUCUUUACUAUCCAGUACACACAGGCCAUGCUAGAAGAUAACCUUCCCACAGAAAUCACUAGCAAGAUUAACUUGGUGGACUUGGCAGGCAGUGAAAGAGCUUCACCUGAAUAUUGCAAAGACCGUCUAACUGAAGGCUCCAACAUCAACCGUUCACUUGUUACCCUGGGCAUUGUCAUCUCUACUUUAGCUCAAAAUUCCCAAAUGACAAGUAGCUGCCAAAGUAUCAACAGUAUAGCCAGCGAUGGGGACAGUGGCAGUCCCUCUGGAGGAAGCACGAAUGGAUCAAAGCGUCAGCCCUAUGUGCCCUAUAGAGACUCUAUUCUGACCUGGCUUUUAAAGGACAGCCUCGGAGGAAACUCGAAAACCAUCAUGAUAGCCACCGUGUCACCAGCCAGUAGCAGCUACAAUGAGACAAUGAGUACUCUGCGAUAUGCCUCCCAUGCCAAAAACAUUGUCAACAAACCUCGAGUCAAUGAGGAUGCAAACGUAAAACUGAUCCGAGAUCUCAGAGAAGAAAUUAACAGGCUAAAAAACAUGAUACAAAGUUUUGAAAUUAGAACCAUCAGCCCUUCCUUCAGCGACGAAAAAGAUGGGAACUUCAAUGAGUUAGUUAAACAAAAUGAGCUUAAGAUUGAGCGGCUCACCAAGGACUGGACAGAGAAGUGGACAGAUAAGGAGGCCAUUAUGGAGAAGUAUAAUGUGGAUAUCAGCCAAGGGAAAGCUGGGUUGACAAUAGACUCCAAUUUGCCUUAUCUCAUUGCAAUGGAUGAUGAUAUUCUCAGCACCAGAGUAGUCAUUUAUCAGCUAAAGGAAGGAAACACAAACAUCGGCAGAUGCGAUUCAGAACAAGAUCAAGACAUUGCGUUACAGGGAGAAUGGAUUGAGCGGGAACACUGCAUGAUCCAUAAUUGCUCUGGGGUUGUAGAACUGCAGCCAGUCCAGGGAGCCCAAUGCACAAUCAAUGGGCAAGAAGUCACAGAAGCCUGUCGCUUAUCACAAGGAGAUGUACUUGUUAUUGGAAAAACCCAUCGUUUCAGAUUUAAUAAUCCUGCUGAGGCUGCUCUACUGAGACAGAGGAGAUCCGACAGCCAAGUAUCUUUUGUAAGCAGCAGCUCUUUAGAUUGGCUGGAUUUAUCAGGAGAUUUCUCUACGCCCUCCAAUGAGAAUAAACUCAUAUUAAACAGGAACACGGAAUCAGAAGAUUAUCAGCAAAAGCUCAGAGACUUGGAAAGCUUUUACCAGCAGCAGGUACAACAGCAGCAGCUUUACGUAGAGGAUUUAAAGAAGCAAAUACAGACAUCGAAAAUCAGGAGCGAAAAGGAACUUGAACUUGAGCAGUCGUUAAUUAACCAAAUUGUUGAAGAAAACAAGCAGUGGCUCAUUAAAGAAGAACAGCGGCUUACCGAAUCUCAUCAUCAGAGACGUGAAUCAUCAGUCCAAACUGAACCCAAGUUCAUUGCAGAGGCAGAGGUCCAAAAUACUGCAGCAACUGACAGUUACCCAUCAGCAGUCGAAGUGGACAGGAAAAGGCUGGUGCAGAGGGAACUGUUGCGUAAAUGCUCCCUAAGAAGAGCUGAGCGGAAUAUAAGGCGGAAACGGAUCAAGUUUCAGCUCGAGAGGAUAAUUAAGAAGCAAAAGUUGUUAGAAGCCAAAAAGGAUCUCCAGCAUUUGCAGGCUGUUUGUUGGAUUAGUGAAGACACUGUCAAGCAACUUCAUAAUCCAGAUUCAGAAGGACCCUCUAAGGGGGUAACUCGUUUCAAGCAAAGCGCAUUUCCAUGCUCAUUCCAGACUCUUCCAAACCUCGGUACUCUGAAAAGAAAAUGUGCGCCAGCUGUAUCUCUACACAGUAAUAAGCCAUCUGAAGAGCAGAAGCCAAGGCGUGCGGUGUCAGUAGAAUGUCUCUCUUCAACCUGCUGUAGUGGAUUACUAAGCGAGACCCCAAAUUAUGACCAAUGCACUGUACAAGGAGCAGAGAAGCACCCAUUUGUUUCUGUUACAAAUCAGAAUAAAACAAGCACUUAUGGGAAAUUUGUACUCGCAUACACACAAAUGAGCAAGAAGCGGCAAAAAAUGGAUAAAUCCGGUAGCAGGUCUAAAUCUAUUUCAAAAACCACUGAACCUCUAAAGAAAAGAAAUUCACGAAUACCCAUAACCACUGCAAAUAGUGAAACCAAACUGAAACCCUUUAAAAGCUCUCCUCAACAGACGCUUGAGAGCCGCAGAAAGAGCUUUGUGCAGGAAAACAAAACCACGUUGGAGAAGAAUGAAGCCACGGGAAAACAAAAAAAUACCAAAAAUAUUCAAAAAACUGUUCCUCCUGGAAAGAGAUUUGCUGAAAGGUCAUCCAGCACUCUUAAAGGAUCCAAAAGAGAGGCAGAUUCAUGUUUGCCGAAUAGUCAUAAGAAACCAGCAAAUGAGUUUUCCAAAAUAAGUUCAUCUACUGACAGCAUUAAUACACUAAGCAGGCCUACCACAACCCAUGCAAUUGACAAAAGAUGGCAAAGCACAGAAAGACUCAGUAGAGGGCUCCUAAAGCCAAAGGAAGUGCUCCUGCAAGACUGGAAGGAGGAUGAUGAAACUGGCUCUUCAGACAGUGAAAGCUUCUAUUCUGUGGAUUCCCUUUCAUCCGCUUAUGGCUAUGCCUUAACUAAAGAGCUUCACCUGAAAGGGCCAGGAAUUAAGAAAAAUGUUACUUCUCAAAAUAAUUCAGACAGUGAGGAUAGUGAAAUAUCCCAGGACUCCCUGGCAGAAAGAGGCACCAAAAAGGAGAAGCCAAAUAGGAGGAGGUUUAAUAAUUAUAAGACUGUUCUUACACCUUGUAGUUCUUCCAAAGAUAUGAUUGAAGAUCCAAACCCUUCACCUGUAGUCAUGGGUACCUCUGUCACAACUGGGCUUUCAAAAAGCUUUUCUCUUGAUAGUUUGGCUGAUGCAGAAGACGUCCCUGAAAUGGAUUCGUCUGAAGAGAUGCCUGCAGAGAUCUUCUGGAAGCUACAAAGCCCUAGGAUCUUGGGGUUACACACAGAUGAUCAGAACAAUAUUGGUUUCCCUCAAGCAGAAAAUCGUUCUGAUAAAGGACUCGGCAGCUCUUUUUACUUAAAUGUGAAUCCACUGUUUGCUUUAGAUUGUAGUGAUUCCAUUUUAAGUAGAAGCGAUGUCAUUCAUGUCCAGGCCCAAGCCAAUGUAGAGGAUGCGGUAUCUGAAAAGUUAGAGAACAGUUGCCCUCCUGUACUUGUGGCAAGUUCUCUUUGGGAAAGUCAAGACUGUACAAUCACAACAGCAAAUAAUACAUGUGAAGAUUCAAAGACUGAAUUUCCCAAUCAGUUAUCCACUAAAUAUUCUACUAUUAAAAAUGAGCCAGAAAAUGUUGAUUCAAAUCGUAUGUUUACAAUAUCACCCCAAGAUACAACGCUACUAAACGAAAAAAUUCAAAGUCCUAUUGAAAGAACUGUGGAGGAAACUAGUGUGAACAUACCCCUGCUAAAUAAGAAUGAAGAGUCAGAAUCAACUGUACCUGAAUUCACCACUGAGCAAAGAGAAAAUGGCUGUCAGAUUCUUGAUGCUGCUGCCAAUCCUGAUUUUAAGGACUUACAAUAUUUAGGUCCUUUAAAAGAUCAACUGAACGCUGGAGAAAAUGUAAUAUUAAGGUGCUCUGUCAAAGAUGAAUCAAGGGCUUUGAAGGAUCCACACAUUUCUGUAGGUCUCCUGACUGCAAACAAUGAGGAUUCUGCAGGACUGGCAGCAACCACUGGAAAACUGAAAGCAGGGAUGGUUAAAGAGAUACUUCCUACACGGCUGAAAAUGACAAUUGUGAAUGCAAAAAAAUCUCCAAAGAAAAUGAAAUUAAUGAGGAAUAAAGACACAGAAGAAAUGAUGCUGCAAAUGAAACAGAACGAUGGUCUGACUCAUGGUGCAAGUUUGGAUAAGAAUGAAAAAUGUGAAACAGGUCCUUUUUCUUUACAUGUCACUCAGGGAAACUGGGAUACAAGCCACUGCAACCAUAGUACUACUGAAAAAACAUUUGAUCAGCAGGCUGAUCAAGACACUAAAGUAGCAAAACCAAUGCCUAACUGUGAGCAGUUUAAGCACACUGACAAUUUAGAGACAUUAUUUAACCAUACAAUGUCAAAAGUUUUAGAGGAGGACAAACGAGAAAACUUUAAAAUGGAGCCUUCUCCUCCAACUAGUGUGGAUCCAGAAGGUGCUAAAAUGGAAGCACAUUCUGACACUUUCGACCCUCACAAAUUAAUACCAUCAUCCGUCCAUACGCCACUCCAUGUAGAACUUGACAUAAAUGCCAAUACAAAAAACUGUGAAAAAUAUGUGAUUGAAAAUGAUGAAUGUGAUAACGGUAUAACUGAAAGUAGAGAGAGACCCAAUGAAAGAUCAGGCAGCACUGGAGUAGAACGAAUUGUGAUUGUUCCAGGUAAUCAUCCUCAUUUUGCUGUUGAUUCUUGUGUCAAUAAACUUAGCAAAUGUCCAUCUCUGACACAAGACAAGAUCACAUCAGUUGAUAUGACAAUGGGAUCAGUAGAAAAGAAUACGGAAGACAACGCACCAAGACUGCAUGAACCAAAGUCAACCAACAAUUUAUUAAUAACUAAUAGUGGGGACUUGAAUUUCAAUCAAUUAUCAUCAAGGUUAAGCCAGGCAAAUGAUAAUAGCUUUAUUACAUAUGUUAGUCUUAAAGAUGCUGAAAAGGAAAGUGGAAAAGAUGGUGCUAUACGUCCAGAAAAUGUGAGCGUUGUAUCAAUUGAAAGUGACCAUUGUUUCACAUUAUCUUCUCCUGCUAUUUCCAGAGAUACUUUAAACAGCAAUGUGUCUAGCACAAGCCUGUCUGACCAAGGUAUGUUUCAGGGAACCUUUUCUUUAAUAAAGAGUAUAGACAGUAGUCUCCUGCCGAGCUUUAAUGAGGGGGCAUGUAUUCAAGUCGAUAAUAAUAUGGAAAACAUAGUAAAACAUGAAAAAGACAAUAUUUAUAGGCAACAUGAUGCUGACAUUCCUAUACAUUUUGAAAAUGUAAGUAAGGAAAGGAGAGAGAAAAUCUUGGAUGGAGGGGCAGCCACCGAACAAAAAAUAUCAUCUGCAAAAAGUACAUAUGGGCAAAUAGCACCAAUCAGAAACCACUCUUCUGUUCCUGAAGAAAUGACUAGCUCUGUUAAAAAUAAACAGGACAAUGCUACUGUGGCUACAAAGAAGGCAAGUACACUGGAGAAAAUGGGCACUUUGAUAAGUAAGGGAGAAAUGGAAAUGGCUGACAGUAUGUCUUACACACUCCAUAGCACCGAUGGCACCCAAGAUUGGCAAAAUGAUGGGAUGAAAGCAUCAGCGGAAACGACUCUAGAAGUUUCUGGACAUCUUUGCUCCAAAAUGAAUGACUUAUCACAAACACAUAAUAAGAAUUCAGUUGCAUGUGGGAAACUGGAAUUCCCUUCAAAAAACUACAGAGACAAAAACAAUAUGGAGAAUCAAAGCUCUUCAGAUGACAUCAAUGCACUGUGGGCCAGCGGCUCUGCCAAUAAUCCACUAUAUCAAGAUGUCCAGUGUUUCCCUGUCCCAAAUAUCUGUGAAUCUGGGGAAAAAACAAGCAAUGGAAUAACCAGUAGCUGUAGCUCAAGGUCUGGGAAUAGAACCAACCCUGCAGAAGAUGUUAGGAAUGCAGGUUUGGUCCUUCCCUACUAUGAAGCCGUAUUGCAGAAUGAACUAUUGAAUGAAGCAAAGAACACUGCAGAUAAAAUAUUAAAUUCUGAGCCUUUUAUGAAAAAAGGUAAAGCUGAAGCCAGCCCAGUUAGUUCAGAAAACAAUAAAAGUUGUUCUGGUGCAAAAAGUCUUGUAAAACCACAAGUGCAAUGUUCCAUACAGCUAGACAUACACAGCACUUGUGCAAAUGCUCCUAGUGAAACUAGAACCCCUUCCAUCCCCACUGAUGCUACAUUUAUGUUUGAGGGAGCAAGUGUACCUGUCAUUCCAAAUAAUACUUCACACUUUGUUUAUGGAAAUGAAUCUUGUGUAGAUAAACCUCUGGAGAAGGGGGCCAGUUCACAAGACAUACCUAAAAGGACACCAUUCAUUUCCCAACAACAUUCUUCUUGUCCAGCUAAAAAUUCUGAACUGCUUUCUAAAAACAAUAAGUUAGAACCUGAUAGUAGCAGCAAAUUAAGAUAUUUUCAAAGCAGGACAGGAGAUGAACAUUCAGUAUCCAGUUCAAUAGUCUCUGAGGCUUGCAACAAGGAUGGUAAGAGUCACAGAAAUGCACAUGACACAACAAUGGCAUUUAAAAGGAAAGAACGUAUCAAGGACAAAAGCAGAGCUUCUGAAGACCCCUUGGUAUAUCUAUUGCAAAGUGCUGUAACCAUACAAGACAAUUUAGAGGCUGAGAAAAUGACAUACUUGACCUAUAAUCCUGAGUAUAUAUCUAAUAGUAAGGUAGAAAAUACAGUUAAUCACUGUAAGCACCUUUUACAUGAACAGGAGAUGGAUCCAUGUACAGUGAGCAACUCAAAUAAAGCAGUAAUAAGUUGUUCCACUUUGGGAAAUGACACAUCAUUUUCCAUAUCAUGUCAGACACCUUCUUGUGCAUCUGUGUGUGAUGAGAAACUAACUGCCAGCGCAGAAUGUGCGCAUCAGCCUCGACAAGAGAGAAAAGAGGUUGGAAGAGAUGAUGAGAGAAGAGAAAUGAUGGGCAGGGUUUCCCCAAACACAAUGAAUAACAUUGAGUUUAUGUGUACUGACCAAGAUUUAACUGGGGAAUCCAUAAACAGGGAAACCGAUGUACUGUUAGGCAAAGAACUCGUGAAACUCUCAAAAAGGUCUCUUGAAUACCAGCAAAUGCACACUGAUUGCAACCUUAGUAAGACUGAGGAGCAGUAUAUUGGAAGAGAUAGGAGUGUCUCUUUGCCAGCAACUUUAAGUGUCCCUUUAGACAGUAACCAGUCUUCCUAUUUGAAACUAGAAUGUUCAGAUGUAAACGUGCCUAAGGGUCAUUGUCUGAGCUCCAGUAAAAAUCCAGGCCCUGGACACACACAGCCACUUAAACGCAGAUUAUCUACUCCUACAAACCACAAAAAUUCUAACGGUAAACAAUUAAUAUGCUCUAAUGCCGAUUCACUAGAAUAUCUCAAUGCAUAUCCUACCUUUAAUCAGUCCAACAGUGUAUUUCCUGAUAUAAAAGUGAUAUCAACGGAGAAUGAAAUUGAACGUACGAAAUCAAAAGUGGAGUACCAAGCGCAUGCACAAUACGUUGGUUCUCCAAGUCUUUCCACUAAUCCCAACAGUAACCAAAAUAGGCCCCCGAUCACAAAGGAAUCACCAUCAGUAUUUAGAAGCAAUGCAAGUUGUAUAUUUCAAGAGGUUCCGUCAAAGGCAAAGCAAUCAGACCAAGUGAUGACAGAAAAUAAAGAGAUAAUGCGCUUCUCAUCAAGCGACAUAAAUCCCUUUGUUCACUCAUGGCAGCUAGAUGGGAGUGGGAAAGGCAGGUUGAAGCAGUGCGUAUUUAACAGCACAAGUGAUGUUUCUUGCAGCAAAUUCCAAGAACAAAUAAUGAGAUGCUCCAGCGUUGACGAAGGUUUAAAUGCUCACGUUUCUCCUUUCCACUCACAUCUUAGUUCAUAUGCAAAUGCUAAAAUGGCAUCUAGCACUAUAAGCAGCACUGAAGACGUGCAAAUCAGGAACAACACCACACAAGAUUUCCAAUCCACCAAUUCACUAGAUGGUUCUUCAUACUAUUAUCCACUGUCUGAUGAAGUGGCUGCCUUAAGCUACGACUGUGGACCACAGCAUAACCGUUCAUAUGAAUUAAAGCCAAAAUCCGAAAACUGCUCUGUGCAGGUAGAUGAAAUCAUGGUCUUGUAUACUUCAGAGUCUGAGACAUGCAAUGAUGAUAACAUAAAGGUGAAAUCGGAGCAAGGAACACAAACAAAGGGUAGGUACAGAAGAUUAAAUCGACACCAGAGAAGCCAUACAGAUGUGUCAUCUAUAAAAGUUACACAGUGUAGAAACCACAGACCGGCUUCAUGGUCAAACAUGCAGAAUAUGUCCCUUCAUUUAUCCCAACUUUUGUAUGAGACUUCUGAACUGCUUGGAAACUUCUCAGAACACGAUAGUGGCCAUAUGCACUUUCACACAAAUUCGACAGAAAAAGCGGUGAAUAAGGCAACGAGAGAUUCAUCCACCCAGACUACUGUAGACAGAGGCAUUCAGACCGAUUGUCAAGUAUCUAUUUGCACACAGAAUAAGGACAAUGAAAAGGAAAAACUAGGAUCAAAUAUAAUUGUUACAAGCUCCCAGACCCAACACCAAAGGAACCAAGAAAAACAAAUUGCUCAUGACGCCUCAAUCGCUAAGACACAGAGCCUUCCAAAUUUGCAUGAUGGUUGUUCUUGUGAGCAACGUGGUCCAUUGUACAGCUCAACACAUUUUAGAACAUCAACCCCAUUCCUGGCUCAUGUGCCUUCUGGUAUAUCUCCAUCAUCUUAUGCUACAAGGCCUUCUUCCUUUUCCCCUUUUUCAGAAAACUCCCCCAGUGAAGGCUCAUGUACAGAAGUUGGAGGCUCAGAAUGUAGUACCACUCGAAAGUUAUACAACGUUGAACACAACGCUACAGAGAAACUGUCUGAAAGAAGUAACAUUGGUGAAGGCACUGUUAUGGUUGAUAGAGCCACCUCACCCAUUCUAACUCUUAAAGCAAGUAAAAAGUCUCUUCACAAACACACAGUGGCACCAACUUUAAAUAGCCAGAACAUGGUGAAAGUUCUCCGGCACAGAAGUCCAAAAGAACGUGGUUCUUCUCAAACAGUAUCUGAUAGCGAAAAUGCCAGCUCUCAGAGCGGCUCAGAAAAUGCAAAUCCAUUCAGAAUGCCAUGCGGCAGUCAGUUCAAAGACUCAGCACGGAAAAGACUGAAAGAAGAAUAUAUGCAACCAUACCGAUUCAAAAGUGAAGACUGCAUUGUAAGAGAAGAGCAUCCUUUCCACCGGAACCGUUCCAGUAGCAUCUCUGAACUGUCCAGUAUUGGAAGGCCAUCCAGGGACUAUAACUUAUUCGCCUUAAAAAGACGAGAUAAAGCCGAUGGCACCUCAGCAACAGCUUUAAAUGCACAGCACCCCUUGGGAAGGUCUCCAUCUCUCGAAAACCUCUCUCCAGUCAAACAUCAAGCUCCAAACAGAAUUGUCCAAAGAAAAAGAUACUCCAUGGUUGAUAAUGGAUUUGGCAGCAACUCCAUGACAUCCAGUAACUUGUUGCUUAAAGAUAAAAGCCAUACCAUUUCUAUAUCAGAAGCAAGUAAUGUCCAGGAGGAUGAACUUUCUGUUGUAGAAAGUGAAUCCAACACAGAUAUUCUUCUUAAUACAGAUUCCCCAAUUGGCAUGAGUAGGAAGUCUCACAAUUACACGCUACAGGAUUUACCCAUACAUAACAAAUUUAGCAACUGGUCUGGUGUUCAGUGCACUCCUUCCAGACUCUUACCUGGAAGCCCUGCUCAACUAAGCCUUAGAGACAGUCCUACUAAAACAGAAUACUCUAUGCAAAAAGAAGAGCAAGAGCACUCCGCUAGCACUGUGUGUGAAAGCAGGACUCAGGAGAUAGAGAGGCUGCAGAGAGAGCGUGCUGAAAUUAUGUCCGGGAUUCAUCUGGAGUUGAACCUGCAGCCUCUCACUGUACAGCUUGCAGAAGCAAAGCUUAGCUAUGGCAUUGGUGAAACAGACGCACUACUGAGGGUUAUGCAGAAUGGAACGACUGAUGAUAAAAAAGACAUCAUGUCCCUGAAGAAACAACUCUACGACAGGCACAUGAAAGAAAUCGAAGGCCUGCGAAAGGAAAGAGAGGACCGGCUGCAGAUUUUCAGAAGGAGUCGAAGCCUUAGUCCACAAAAACAACUGAGUGCAUCCCAAGGAUCUCUUGCAUCGCUGCGGGAGUCAGACUUGCCAAGCCGUCGCAGGGAAUACCUACAGCAGCUAAGAAAAGAUGUGGUGGACCACACCAGAUUUCAAGAACCGAAGAAGGGGCCGACUCAGUGUCCCUCUGAGAUUGAGCUGAUGCUGAAAGACUACCAGAAGGCUCGGGAAGAGGCAAAGAGUGAAAUAGCACGAGCAAGGGAUAAACUCAGAGAGAGAGCUGAACUGGAGAGAAAGAGACUGCAGCAGAGCUGUCUGAUAAAGGAGGACACAAAACUGAAAUCCCUGAUGAGCACCAGCACUUUAUGCACAAGUUCCAACCUCAGCCUGUCCUCAGGUCCCACCUCUGGCUACAACAGCAGCGUCACAGCUACACAGGACAAGAGAAGCCAUCAGGAUCUCAAUGAAACAAAGACUUCACCCCGAAAAAUGGAUCUUGCAUCUGGAGUGGCAAGGGGCCGAUCAGCAGUCAGGAACUGUCAGCUUGUUACUUCUUCCCAGAGGGAACCUGUCCCUGAUGUGAGGUCUCAGAGCCAGACUCCUGCUGAGGGAAAAGCACCAGGGGACUUGCCUCCUGCCACAUCUCAUUCCAGCUACACCCCAUUCAUCUCAGGCCUGUCCCAUUCAGUGGUAUCAUACCAGGAUAUUGCCAGGCAGCUCCAGACUAGUGCUAUAGCAGAGAUAAUGGCGGCUUCCUUCAGCAACAUAAAGAACCUGUUUGAUUACCAGGCAGCAGCUGGAUGGAUCUAUCAGUGUACUGAGCGGGACGUACUGGUGUAUUACAAGGCUUUCCCAUCUGCCACUAAACAUGGUUUUCUUGGGGCUGGUGUGAUCAGGAGACCACUGCAUGAUGUGUGGGGUAUAGUGAAGGAUACGGACACCAGGCAUCUCUACGACAACUCCAUCCUCACGGCUCAGGUGCAUCAGAGAGUCGCCAAUAACAUCCAGCUCGUGUAUGUAAGAAGUGAUGCGUCACUCUGCUACCUGAAACAACCCAGAGAUUUCUGUUGCAUCACAGUGGAGUCCAAAGAGGAUGCAGGGUACAACUUGUGCUUUCAGUCCGUCUAUAGUGAAUCCAUGCCUCGUCCAAGCAGUGAUACAGUGAGAGGAGAGCUCCUCCCAAGUGCCUGGAUGCUGCAGCCCGACACCAUCAAUGGUGAAAAUGUCACCAGAGUCAUUUAUCUAUUGCAGGUUGAUUUUGGAGCACCAGCGGUACCUUCCAGGUUACUUAAAGCGAUCUCAAAGCGCCAGCCUCUAGUGAUUGCCAGUUUAGCAAGCUUUCUGUCUGUGUGACAAGAGUCUUACCACUAAAACACCCUCUCUGCUUUAUUACAACUGACCUGCACAUGAGAGUAAGUCCAGUUAUGUUUCAGGAAGAGCUUGCAUCCGUUUCAUUCUCACGUUGAGCUCUAUUAUUGUGUAUAUAGAACAAAUCCUUCCAGCAACUAUGGAAGAACAAACGGCAUAUUGAUCAGAGUGUGUGGCAGCUAUGUACAUAUUCAAGCAUGACAAUCAUUCACUUGGCUUUGUAGUUAAAUGAUGUUAAGCAUAAGCUUCUUUAGCCAAGUCUGGGCCUCCAAAAGGCAAAUGUGGCAUGUUGGUUGGUAGUCAGGCUCUAAGGCCAGGGCCGGAUGAUGUUUAGCAAUGUGGAGAAGGUGAAGAAUCCACUGCCCUGCUACUCCCCUUGCCUUUUCAACUGCAGGUCGAUUUUGCUGCAAAAUGUCUAGUUUCGGUGCCGAAAUCCGCCUGCACCCGAGCAGAAACAAUGCUUCCAGAUGCCGGCACACCCGGAGCAGAAGAGCAGCGGAUUCUCGGCCCUGGCCUUAGACCCCUAUGCUGUUGUAUUUAAAGGACACAUAACACCAAAAAGAAAAGAUGUUUGUACGCAUUAAAAUAUAACAGACCUGCACUGGUAAAAGUGUUUUUGCUUUUAGUUCAGAAGAGCAUAUAUACAGUAAAUGAGCUGCUGUUAAAGGAGGAAACCAUUCAGGUUGGAAUUAACUACAGCAUACACAUUUUCAUAGCAAAUAAGCCGAAUAGAAUGAAAUGACUUUACACAGGGGUCAAUGACUAUAGAAAACUCCUAUAAAAUAGGACAUUAAGUGCAAAUAAACAGUUUCUCUGUAUAAAAAGAAACAAUACACAUAACUUUGGCUGCAAACAAUAUGAAGUAAAAAAUACUUUAUGGUAAUACUGGUCCUUUAAAGAUCAUUUUCAUAGGAAAAAGAAGGUACACUUUAGCCAACAUGUUAGCUGGUAGCUGUUUGGGUUUCUGCAGAGAA